AUGCUCACCUUUUCUUCAUCGUCUGAUCGUGCAUUCAGGUAUGCAGCGCGUUAUGUCGAGGCCGCGGUUCUUAUUUGCAGGCUUCUCAAUGUGCUGCCACAAGUUCAGGCCACAGAUCUCCUGGUUCUUAUUUGUACUAGGCUCCUCAAUGCGCUGCCAAGUUCAGGUGCGCUGGAGAAGCCCGUGAGCGCUCCGUUCAUGGUGCCAAUAGCACCAGGUACCAAUGUGGGUUACAGGUGCGCUGGAGAAGCUCACGAGCACUCCGUUCAUGAUUGUAGCACCGGGUACCAACGUGCUCCGUUCAUGGUUACAGGCGCGCUGGAGAAGCUCAUGAGUGCUCCGUUCAUGAUUAUAGCACCAGGUACCGACGUGCUCCGUUCAUGGUAUGUGCCGUCUCCAUCUGACCCUCGAGACUCACCAAAUCCCAGCACCAGGUACCGACGUGCUCCGUUCAUGGUUACAGGCGCGCUGGAGAAGCUCAUGAGCACUCCGUUCAUGGGUUGGAGACAAGACAACUAG